CACGAGGCGAGGGAAAUGACAAUCGGGGUGCUGGCAGCAGGUUCCCUGCUCACGUGCUCCCACGGGGGUUAUGAUGGGAUGCUCCAUGCCCACGCUGUGCCACAGCCAUGCCCACAUCUCACUCCAUCCCACGUGCUCAGCACGGUUUGGGCAGUGGCAGACAACGGCCCCUUUGCCCACGGUGUCCCAGCAGGCACGGGGAGAGCCCAGGAAGGUGCUUGCAGGCCUGGAACUCAUUUCUGGGUUACAGAGAAGGAGGUGCAGCAGUGGUACAAGGGCUUUAUCAAGGACUGCCCCAGUGGGCAGCUCGAUGCUGCCGGCUUCCAGAAGAUCUACAAGCAGUUCUUCCCCUUUGGUGACCCAACCAAAUUCGCCACCUUCGUGUUCAAUGUCUUUGAUGAGAACAAGGACGGGAGAAUUGAGUUCUCAGAGUUCAUCCAGGCGCUGUCUGUCACCUCCCGAGGGACGCUGGAUGAGAAGCUGAGGUGGGCGUUUAAGCUGUACGAUUUGGACAACGACGGCUACAUCACGAGGAACGAGAUGCUGGACAUUGUGGAUGCCAUCUACCAGAUGGUGGGAAACACUGUGGAGCUUCCCGAGGAGGAAAACACACCAGAGAAGAGGGUGGAUCGGAUUUUUGCCAUGAUGGACAAGAACGCAGAUGGGAAGCUGACGCUGCAGGAAUUUCAGGAGGGCUCCAAGGCCGACCCCUCCAUCGUGCAAGCCCUCUCCCUCUACGAUGGGCUCGUAUAGUCCCAGGGCCGAGCGGCGCUUAUGGGGAAGACGCUCUCCGUGCCAUCCGACCACGCAGCGAUGCUUGCCUGCCCCUCUCCGGCCCUCCUCCAUGUCCCACGAGCCAAGGAUGCAGCGCAGCGCAGCGCCAGCUCACGCCCCUCUCUGCACUCCGAAUCAACGCUGGUGCCAUUUACCAACUUCUGCUUUUUUCCAACAAAAAAACAAAAAACACCCAAAAAAGACCACGGUCUGAGCGGCAGCAAACACCCAAAACUUGGGGGCUGAGGGAAUGGCACCGAAGGCAGAGCCCCCCCUGGCCCUGAGCCCCUCUGCUCCUCAUUCCUACAGUCUGGGGUCGAACUGCGGAUGCGCCUCUCCGGGAUGCAGCUGGGGAUGGAGCCCACAGGGGCUAUAGGGAUAUAUAUAUUAUUAUUAUUAUUAUUAUUUUAUUAUUAUUAUUAUUAUUAUUUUGGUGAGGCAGUAUUGUGCUU